AUGACGUCGAUAUUUGCAGAGUUCAAGAGGGCUCAGUCUGCCGGCUCAGGCGAGGCCCUGGCUGCGACACUGACACCUGUUGACAUACCCCGUCUGCGGGCGUUUUAUUAUAACACCACCAACAGCAUGAGCGCAGCCUCAGAUAUCAGAUAUGCCCUUCUUCAAGAUCGAGUUACAGGAGUGAAGCUGCCCAAGCAGGAAGGGAAUGCAUGGGUCGACAUCUUUGUUGCCUUCUGGCGAGCUGCUGGAGAGCUGGUUAAGAUGGACGAACCCAAUCUCACCUCCAACCGGGGGACGUGGACUGCCCUUUUCGGCCACUGGAAAGAUCUUGCUAUUCUUUUAAAUACAAACUACUCAAAUUCAAUCCUUGAAGCCUGGACUCUGCCAGUUCUAUACGUCGUCGGCAAGUAUCUACGGAUAUUCGCUAUAAAAGCCGAUGCAGAGACCAUACAAGAGCCUGUCACGACUUUCAACGACGGAUUCCAAGAUGACAUCGUUGCAGAUGUGAGCAAGAAUGCAAAGCUUGAAGAGACAUCACGGAUAAUCAGCAGAAUGUACACUGUGUGUCUCCACGACAGGGCCCCUAUCGAAGAAUCUCGUAAAUGGGGAGUCUAUAACACCAUCAACCUUGCGUUUAAGACGUACUUUAAGCUGGGCUCCAUUGCAUCCUGUAGGAAUUUGCUAUCUGCAAUGAAAGCAUCCCAGGCCGAACUACCGUCUCUCGAUGCGUUUCCUAAAUCCCACAUCGUUACUUUCAAGUAUUAUCUCGGAGUCAUUUCUUUCCUAGAAGAAUGUUACGCAGAGGCUGAAGAACACUUGACGGCCGCAUGGGAGCUUUGCCGAGUAGACUCCCACCGGAACAGAGAACUCAUACUCACAUACCUUAUACCCUGCCACAUCGUCACAACGAAUACCCUCCCGUCAGCUCGCCUCCUAUCCAAGUUCCCCCGUAUAGAAAAACUAUUCGGUCCCCUCAGCACAUGUAUUCGCAAGGGGGACCUAGCCGGUUUCGACGCCGCAAUGGCGGCCGGUGAAAACGAAUUCGUCAAGCGACGGAUUUAUCUCCCUCUCGAGCGAGGUCGAGAUAUAGCUGUUCGUAACUUAUUUAGAAAGGUAUUCAUCGUCGGUGGGUUUGAUCCGCCAGUGAACGGUCAACCUCCUAUCAGACGGACGAGAGUACCGGUUGCAGAGUUUGCAGCAGCCAUUAGGCUGGGGACGAAGAAUACGGAGGAGAAAGCCAAGGUUGAUCUCGAUGAGGUCGAGUGUUACCUUUCGAACAUGAUUUACAAGAACUUCAUGAAGGGGUAUAUUGCUCGCGAGAGAGGGAUAGUGGUGCUAAGUAAAGGCGGCACUGCCUUUCCAGGAACUGGCGUCUGA